AUGAAAUUGAAUCAGUUGAUAUUACUUCUUGGAGUGGACGCAGUCAGACAUAGGAACAAAAAAUACUCAGAUGAUGAAACUUUCACUUACAAAACAGAAACGCAAGUUCAAAAUGUUGCAGAGCUCAGCGGAAUUGAAGAGUACAUUACAAUGAUUGAAGAUGAAAUUAAAGCAGCAAGAAAGGCUGACAAGAUCCUCAAAGACAAACCCAAGAAAAAAGGAAGAAAGAAACAUAACGUCUCCUUUAAAUACAUCAUCUCAGGGAAUGGUCAGCAUAAGCUUGAUUGA